AGCAUCUUUCUUAUUCCUAGGGUUUCUCAUCUUCUUUCCUAUACACACAUUUCCAGUUCAUACAUUUUCUGUUUGUGCUUACCAGAUUAUAAUUUGACAAUAAACAUUCUUGAAAUAUUAUUUUCUUUUUCCUCUUGUUGUAGGUUGUCGGAUAUACUUCUCGGUCCUGAUUAUUAUUUUCCAGUUUCUCGUUCGAAUAUUAAACUACCUAUUGCAAUAUCUGAACACUCUUAAAUUGCUUAGAGAUCAUUAAAUUUGAAAUUUACGAUCGGAUAAAUAGGAACACUAAUCAGUGAAUAUAACACAGGUGAAAAUUUAAUAAGUAAUCGGCGAAUGGGGAAUUGUAUCUUUUUUUGGGACUAUCUUUGUCUUGACUCUGCGCUUCCCAAUUAGUGAGAGUCUGGGCUGCGGACUUUCUAGCCUUUUCCAGACCCCUAAUACAUUGGGAAAAAAAAAGGAACCUCACAGCGGUGCACAACCACACCACCGCCGUAAGAUGGAGGAAGAAAAAGCCGCAGCAUACUACGACGAGUUGACACGUAAAGGAGAAGGAGCGGCAAGAUUCAAGCAAGGUCUAGGUUUUUCUUCAGUUUCCGGAAACUCAAAUGACGUUGUUCCCGCCCGUGGCUCUGCUCUCGUUUCUUCCUCUUCAUUUCUGAGUAGCUUUGUCAGAGCAUCAAGCCCUUCGAAAACCACUGAGUUCGAAAAACAAGGUCAGCUCCAAACCAUCAAAAACAAGCUCAAGAAGAAACCUAAAGAUUACGACAAUGGCCUUUCUUCUAGGGUUUCGAAAGGAAAAACCAGUAGAAGCCCAAGUCCAACUCGUGAAAAACAUUUGAGAAGGAAAGGGGGAAGCCCAAGCCGGAAUUUAAAUCGUCGGAGUCGAAGCCGGAGCAGAGAUAAAGAGAUGCGGAGUCACAAGCGGGAUGCUUAUCGGUCGAAGCGUCCACAUAGGUCUAGAAGUAGAAGUGGAAGUAGAGAUAGAGAUAGAGAUAAACAUAGGGAAAGGGUAAGGCAAAAAGAGAAGCAGAGUAGAAAGAGGUCAAGGAGUGUAUCACCGCCAGAUCGAAGAUUGGAGAAGAUUGGGAAAGAUAGAACUUCUACGGUAGAUUACAGAAGAUUGAUUGAAGGUUAUGAAAAGAUGACUCCAGCUGAAAGAGUCAAAGCCAAAAUGAAACUUCAACUUUCAGAAAGUGCUCGAAAAGAGGAUACAAAAAGCAUGGGCUCUGGAUGGGAGCGUUUUGACUUCGACAAGGAUGCCCCUUUGGAUGACGAGGAGAUUGAAGCUGUAGAAGAUGAUGGUGCUUUAGUCAACCACAUUGGCAAAAGCUUUCGGUUUUCUGCAGUGGCGACUAGGAGAGAGGAAGAAAUCAAGGCUGCUCAUGAUGAGGCUAUUUUUGGAGCUCCCUCACUUCUGCUACUUCCAACUUCCACUGAAACAGAUGAUGAAGCAGAAGAGGAUAAUUGCAAAAAGGACAUCUCAAAAGUUGCCCCUGCCAUAAGUCUCAUCAGUGGGCAGGCACUGGCAAUGCAACAAGGUUCUUGGCGUGAUCGUGCGCGUAGAUCAUGACUUCUGUGAAUGCUUGGAAGAGACUCCAUCAUGCCUAAUACUUGGUUUAUGCCAAUGGAGGGUUUUUUGUCUUUGUGCUCCUCUUAUGUGGGUUGUUGCCGGCUGCUGUUGGGAGUGGUGAAAGUUGCUCAUUUUGUACUGUACAAAUUGUUGAGAAGGGUACUUACGGAGAUGGGCUUUCAGUGUUGAAAUAUCCAUUGUAGGUAAUGAUGUGUGUGCCAUGUUCUAAUUUUGUUAUAUAGAAAUAUUUUCUAGUGUUUGCUUGGUGAAUGAAGAACAUUUUUCUGAAAAAAAAAUAAAAAUCUAAUAAUAUUAACUGAUAGAA